AUGCGAGGCACAAGGCUCGUCUUGGGCGCCGCCAAUCAAAAUGUGACGUCGCCGAAAUUGUGGCAAGAUCCGGUGCUUGGAUAUUUUGAGACUCACGGAAAGAUGGAGUUCAAACCGAACGAAGAGUACAAUCUCACCGUCGAUGAAAAGAAAGCAGUACUUUGGAGAUAUCGCGUGAAGGAAAUCCUCAAGAAAGAAUAUCUCCGCCGAGAAUAUGAUCCACACAAUUUUAAAUACAAGCAAGGAGUCGUUAUGGACCCAGCAAUGUUCCGAUGGUAUUCAGCCGACAUGACCCAGGCCGAAUUCUUCCGAGCCACUCCUCGAUCAAUUUUUCUUUACAUGGGUGGUAUCUUCCUUGCUUUCUAUCUCUACUCUCGAAUCCUCUACGUUCAAAUUGACAAAAGUGGCGAGUCUUGUUUGGAUGGAGAUAUGUUGUGGUGGGAUCGACAACAGGGACGGCAACUGUUCGUGUCAGGAAGUGGACAUUUCGCCCCGAACAUUGGAUUCGAAAUG